UCCUUCUCCUUCACUUCACUGAUCACUUCAGUCACCUUAAUUUCCUCUUCGUUUCUCAUUCUCAAACACACUUCACAAACACUCCUCAUCCUCAUCCUCAUCAUCAUCAUGGCUAGACCCCAACAACGCUAUCGUGGUGUCCGCCAGAGACACUGGGGCUCUUGGGUCUCUGAAAUUCGCCACCCUUUAUUAAAGACAAGAAUAUGGCUAGGAACCUUCGAAACAGCUGAGGAUGCAGCAAGAGCGUACGAUGAAGCAGCCAGGCUCAUGUGUGGUCCAAAAGCACGCACCAAUUUCCCAUACAAUGCAUCACUCUCUUCUUCAUCAUCGAAGCUUCUCUCUGCAACUUUAACUGCUAAGCUACACAAGUGCCACAUGGCUUCCCUUUCCCUUCAAAUGGCAAAGCAGAAACAAGAGCAGAAAGAGCCUCAAGUGUCACAGCAACAGUUUCAACCUUGCAAUGAUGUUUCUGGAACAAGUUUUGAAACUGGUUUCAGAUGGCAAGAGAACAGGCACGAGGAGUUAAUGUGGUUUCAAGGGAAUUGCCAAGUAGUUGAGGUUUCCCAACAACAGUUUCAACCUGUUCUUGAAGAUGAUCACAUUGAGCAGAUGAUACAGGAGUUGCUUGAUUAUGGGUCAAUUGAGCUUUGCUCUGUUGGCUCUGCUUAGACUCUUCAAUGUAGUGUUCUUCUCCAUUGGUCAGUGCAAAAACCACAUCUUUUUGGGGGGAGUCUGGUACUAAUUCACCAUGUAAUAAAACCAUGUUUGGUAAUCCUUCUACAAUUGAUUCUAAUGUCAGAAUCAAUUCUGAGUAGAAGCUUUAGUAAGUAGCUUCUGAAUUUCAGAAUUGAUUCUGAGAAAAUAGAAGUUAAUCCAAACAUGUAGCGUAGGUCGUAGGAUGUUUAAACUGAGUUUCAACUCCUUCACCAAUUAGUGGACAACCAUGUAGUUAUGAUAAUGUAGCCAAUCAUGCAUUUGAUGGACUAUAAUUUAGAAUUAGUGUUAAAGAAAACAAUUUUUUUGCUUC